AUCUCAAGCCUGGGACAAUGGUGUGCAUUCCCUGCAUUGUCAUUCCAGUUCUGCUCUGGGUCUACAAAAAGUUCCUGGAACCAUAUAUAUACCCUCUGAUUUCCCCCUUUGUUAGUCGUGUGUGGCCUAGGAAAGCUAUACAAGAAUCCAAUGAUAAAAACAAAGGCAAAAUAGACUCUAAGGGUGCAGACAUAAAUGGAUUACCGACAAGAGGACCAACAGAAAUCUCGGAUAAAAAGAAAGACUAAUGUGAUGGUCCCAAAGGAUCUCAUUGUUUUAAAAAUGGAUCUGAUAGUAUGAAGCACCUUCUUUGUACUUGUCUCUGAUCUUUUUCCCUGAAACCAGAAUUUGGGUUAGAUAGUUUAGAUAUUUACCUGACACUAAUCAGGAAAUACCUGGUAUUUGUAUUCAAAUGUAACUAGUUAUAUUUAAUGACCUCAUUCCUGAGUUCCAUUUUCAUUAAAGUAGCUUUCAUUUCUUUUAUUGCAUUUUUAAAAAUAUGAAUGAAGAAAAGGUUUGUGCCAGUAGACACUGUUACUAAAUCAG